AUGAUUGCAAUUGAUUAAUUUAAAGCUAAUAAUUCUACUUAUCAACAAAGUUUAGCAAAUAAUGGUAGGGAAAUCAAACUUAAAAAUCUUGAGUUUUUGGGAUAAUGUUUACAAUGUGAUGUAAAAAGUGUUCAUUGCAAUUUAAAACAUAGUUAUUGGUUAGAUUUUUAAAAGUUGUAAUGCAAUAUGUGUCCAUUAGGCUGUAAAAAUUGUGUCUAUUCUAAUUAAAUAGAAAAGCCUAUAUGCUAAUCUUGCUAUACUGAUUACUAAUUAGAUUCAGGUCAGUGUUUCAAAAUUUAAUAAUGCUAAAGUGGAAAUUACUUUGAUGAAUAUUAAAGCAAAUGUGUGAAAUGCAUGGAUUAUUGUAAAUAAUGUCACACUAAGUCUCAGUGCAAAUAAUGUGAAGAUGGUUAUGUUCUUGAGAACGGCUUAUGCAAAUCUAGAUGCAAAACAGGUUUUAAAUGGAGCGAAAAUAAUUAAUGCGAAGAAAUAUGUGGAGAUGGGUUACUCUUUAAGAAGAGUGGAUGUGAUGAUGGAAAUAAUCUAAAUGGGGAUGGGUGCAACUCAAAUUGUGAAGUAGAAGAAAAUUAUGAGUGUGUAAGAGAAACUGAAUAUACUCCUGAUAAAUGCUAUAUCAAAAAGAGCAAAUAAGUAAAUCAGAGAUAAUUAUAUGUCAAUUUUGACAAUAUGUUCCGUCUAAUAAGUAAUUAAGAAAACUAAAUAACUGUAGAAAUUAUAUAAAAAGUUGCGAUGUAUGGUAAAAUGAAUGAAAUACUAAAUGUUUAUAUCCCUAAUUGUGAUUACUCCUUUGACAUUUAAUAUGAAGAAUUUACCUACAUAACUUACACUUUCUAUUUCCCUUAAUUAGUUCCUCCAACAUAAAUGGUUUUCUUCAAUAUCACAAUCCCUAAUAAAAUCUUUCCUCUACCCCAAAAUCUUGAAGGCCUUGCAUUAGUAAUCUAAACAAGAAACACUUACUCAGUUCCAGACUAGAGCUUUUAAAAUUUAUUUAUUGAUAUUAUUUCAUAUUUCCUUUACAUAAGUCAAAUAGUCUUUCUUAUUUCUACUUUCCUUCUAAAUACAAAGUCAUUUUAAUCCUUAGUGUUAUGGGCAUCACUUAAUUUAAAAGCUUUUAUUGAUAAGAUUCAUGCUAGUUGGCUUUCAUUUAAUAUAAAUUAACCAGCAAAAUCUUUGGAUAAUAUUAGGAAUCUCGAAGGAAAUGAGAGAUUACUGGCAGACGUUGGAGAUAUCUUUAAUCCUACUAACUUUAGUUCGUUAAAAGGACAUUUAGACUACUUCAUGGGAUUUUACAUUAUAUUAGGAGCUGUCUUGCUGUUUAAUAUAAUUUUCGGGAUUAUUGCUUCAAUAAAAAAGAGUGAGAAGUUCUCAUAUGAAUUUAAAAAGAGAUUUGUUUUUAAUUAUUAUUUAGCUGUAAUCUUCUUAUUCUAUGAGACUUACUCUGAAGAUGUCAUUUAUAGAAUUUAUAAGUAAAUAUUCUUAGACUUGAAAGAAGAAAUUAUUUGUUAUUUAUCUGCUGCUUUUAUCGUUUUACAUCCCUUUUAUAUUUUACCAAUAUUGAUAAAAUCUGAUAAAGAAUAAGAAGUAGAAAUAUUGGGCGAAAUGAUUUUUAUCUCUGCUGAUAACAGAAUUCGGAUUAUAGACAUCUCUAUUUCUAUAGCAGCUUUAGUUUAAACAAUAAUUUUGGCUGCUGUCUCAUAACAAAGUUACAUUUUUUAAGAAAGUGUCAGAUCUUAAGUGGCAAAUGUUAUUAUUUAUUUGCCUUUUUUGCCAAUUUUUAUUUUCUUAGUUUAUUACAUACAACUUAUCAUAGAAAAAAGUAGAUUAUACUUAAGGGAAAGAGAGUAAAUGAAAAAAAUAAUCCCGAUUGAUGUUUUUAUUUAACAAACUCGCACAUAUACAAUGAGUAAAAAAAUCCUAAAUUAGAUAGAUUCAGAAGAAAAAUUACCUAAAAGCGAAUUUAAUAGCAUCAAAAGCAGAGCUUCUUUAGCAGUUUAAUAAUUUGAUUAUUCCGAUGGUUAAACUUCAUUUAAUUAAAAACAAACAAAAGUAAGAAGCAGUCUUGGUUAAAUUAAUCCAGCUAAAUCAACACCAAAUGCAAGUAGGUUUAGUUUGCAAAAUACUUUAUUUGCUCCUACUAGAAAAACUAAAAAGGAAACUUCAAUUGCUCCUAUUUUUGAAAACAAGGCUUAUGAAAAUGAAUCAUCUAUAUAGGAAAGCUAAGAGCAAACUUAGAAUAUUAUUUAAACAAAUUUAAAUUUGUAGAAACAGGCUAAGUUAAAAUCACAAAACCCUAGCUAGGUAAAUUCUCUUCAGUAAUUUAUCAAUUUUAACACCUUUGAGGGGAAAAAAAAUUUAUUGUCAAAUUCACCUAUAAACGCGACAGAGUAAAGAAAAAGUAACGCUGGCUUAUAGAGAUAAUCAAUUUAGGUUAGAAAAACAAUAAAUAGCCUUUCAAAUUAAUAAAACUUAGAUCCAUCUCCAAGUUCUUCAAAUUAUAAUUUAAAAACGACACCUUACAUAUCAAUAAAAACAAAGCCAACAGAAUUUUCAGAAUAGGUAGAACAAUUUGUACUUUGA